GUCCUGCAGAAGCCUGCGGUGCCGGAGCGAAUUUAGAGUUCUUCGGAGAGAAAGACGCCAUGGAAGAACCAUUGAAGGAGGAAGACGGCGAAGAGAAGCCUACGGGCAUUGAGAAGAACGAAGAAGAUGAGACGGUCGCAUUACCGGUAGGCACGAAUCGGAAGGAGAAGAGGAAGGCCAUCAAGAAACUGAAGCGGAAGCAAAUGAGGAAGGAGAUAGCAGCAAAGGAGCGCGAGGAAGAGCAGGCUCGGCUCAACGAUCCCGAGGAGCAGAAAAGAGCACUUCUGAUGGAGCAGGAAGAGGCCGAGAGGGUUGAGAGGGAAAGGAAGCUGUUUGAGGAGAGAGAAAGGGCGUGGAUUGAGACUAUGGAGAAGAAGAUGAAGAAGGCGGCUGAAGAAGAGCAGAGGAAGCUUCUCGAAGACACUCAUAAGCAACAGGUUGGUGAGCAAGAGAAGGAGACCGAAUUGAAUGAGGAUGGUGAAUGGGAAUAUGUGGAGGAAGGUCCCGCUGAAAUUAUUUGGCAAGGAAACGAGAUCAUUUUUAAAAAGAAAAAAGUGAGGGUUCCCAAGAAGGAUUCAAGCCACCAAAAUAAAAGAGAGGAUGCUGACAAACCUACAUCAAAUCCUCUACCUCCGGAAUCCGAAGUUUUUGCUGAUUACACAAAUUCAUCAGCAGCUUCUGCGCGGCAGGUUCUUGAGAGUGUUGCACAACAAGUGCCAAAUUUUGGGACUGAACAGGAUAAAGCUCAUUGCCCCUUCCAUUUGAAAACUGGCACAUGUCGAUUUGGUCAACGUUGUAGCAGAGUCCAUUUUUACCCUGAUAAAUCGAGCACACUUCUUAUGAAAAACAUGUACACUGGUCCAGGCCUUGUUUGGGAGCAAGAUGAGGGGCUUGAGUAUACAGACGAAGAGGUGGAACAUAGUUUUGAAGAAUUUUAUGAGGAUGUUCACACAGAGUUCCUGAAAUUUGGAGAAAUUGUGAACUUUAAGGUAUGUAAAAAUGGUUCAUUUCACUUGCGAGGAAAUGUCUAUGUGCACUAUAAAUCAAUGGACUCUGCUGUCCUUGCCUAUAACUCAAUCAAUGGUCGUUACUUUGCUGGAAAACAGAUUAGAUGUGAAUUUGUGAACGUGACCAGAUGGAAGGUUGCAAUAUGUGGGGAGUAUAUGAAGUCAGGGUUCAAGACCUGUUCCCAUGGUUCAGCUUGCAAUUUUAUCCACUGUUUUCGUAAUCCUGGAGGAGAUUAUGAAUGGGCUGAUGCUGACAAACCACCGCCAAAGUAUUGGGUGAAAAAGAUGGCUGCUUUAUUUGGUUAUUCUGAUGAACAUGAGAAAUUGAUGGAGCAACAAGCUAGUGAUCUGAAGAGCUCAAGCAAAAUACAGAAAGCAGAUUCACACAGGUACCAUUCGAGGAGAUCAAGGUCCAGGGAGAUUGGAGAGUUUAAUAGCAAUAGUUCUGGUAGAAGAAAACGUGGAGAUGAAAGAAAAUGGAGCAGAACUCGUGAUGGGGAAAUAUGUGAACAAACUACCAAUUUGAAAGACAAGCAUAAAGGGAAAGGUAGAACUUCUGAUUCUGACACUGUUAGGGAAUGGUCGGAUAGGGAAGAAGAUAGGCGCAAACACCAUACUCGCCACAGAAAAAGUUCAAUUAAUUGGAACGAUGGUGAUGAGAGAAGAAGCCACGAAGGUUAUUUUGAUGUGGAUUCAGAUGUGGCACGUGGGUACAGCAAAAACCGACAUCAACACCAUAGAGAACACUCAACUACUAGGAACAAUGGUGAUGAGAGAAGCUACGAAGGAUAUUCUGAUGUGGAUUCCAAUGUGGCACGUGGGUACAGUGAAAAGCGCCAUCAGCACCAUAGAAAACACUCAACUACUAGGAACGAGGGUGACGAGAGAAGCCACGAACAUUAUUCUGAUGUGGAUUCAGAUGCGGCACUUGGGUGCAGUAAAAAGCGCUAUCAUUGCUGUAGAAAACACUCAACUACGAGGAACGAGGGUGAUGAGAGAAGAGGCUGCGAAGGUUACUCUGAUGUGGAUUUAGAUGCAACACCUGGGCACAGCAAAAAGCGCCAUCACCACCAUAGAAAACACUCAACUGCUAGGAACGAAGGUGAUGAAAGAAGCCAUGAAGGGUAUUCUGAUGUAGAUUCAGAUGCAACACCUGGGGACAGAAAAAAGCACCAUCAACCCUGUAGAAAAUGCUCAAUUAAUAGGAAGGAGGAUGAUGAGAGAAGAAACGAAGAUGGUUAUUCUGAUGUGGAUUCAGAUGCUGUAACUGGGGACAGGAAAAAAAGGCCCAGUGGUGAAGGAAGGAGCUCAAGAAAAAGGCAGAGAAACAAUGAUGAGGCUGGAUCUGGGGAUUGGUCAGAUAGGGAUGGAGAUAAGAAAUGGCAUAGGAAAAGCAGAAGCUCUAGAAAUAGGAGCAGGGACUAUGGAUAUUCAACCAGUGAUACUGAAUCUGGCACAUGUUCAUUUGAUAGAGAUGGAGAGUCUUCUAGGAAAAUAUCCAAACACAGAAGAUCCGGUUUGCGGGAUGAUUACGAGGAUUAUGAGAACAAAAGUGAAGUCAACAGAGACCGGUCAAAGGAGGAGAAAGACAGACGAGAGCAUCGUCACGAAACCAGGAAGAGUUCAAAACACGAGAAGAAAUUGGAGUCCGAUGAUGAUCAAGAUGACAAUAAUGUUCAUUAGGAUUAUCAAAUAGGAAUUGGGCAUCAUAGCAAACAAGGGAAGUGAUUAAAGAAUGAAGAAUAUCUUAAAACUCCAGAUUCUGAUGAGCGUAUUAAGGGCUGGUUAGCGAUGCUGAUGUUGGCAGCCAUUGGUUGAACAAUGGCUGUGAGAGGACCUUAUGACUCCAGAA